AUGGAAAUCAUUCUACUCGUACUUUUCCGUUCGUCAACUCCUGUGACAAGACCGAUCAUCACCACUGUUGAAGCUCCACCAUCGAUUCCCUUUCCGGAAGUACGAGUCGCUAUCAAGAGCAUGAAACUUGGCACUGACCCUGACCUGAUUUUAUAUCAGGAGACUUUCUUCGGGCUGGUGGCCGUCCCCUUCAUGCGCAUAUCUAGAACGCUGUAUGAAGCCCAACCUCAAAAACAAGCUGGAUUCCCUCAGGAGCUCACCUGCAUGGACCGGAUGCAGACCGUGACAGCGUAG